GCCGACGACGGUUCACGCGGCCUUCCCACGGUUUUGGUCGCUCUAUAUAAAUCCCCACCACCACCGCUGGUUUCUCCCCGCCCCGUCUUCCCAAAGUCUCGUCCCGUCGUCAACGGGCCCGAACCCACCCGUGAAGGAGCCAUGGAAGGAGGGAUCGCCGCCGACACCCGCCUGCCGACACCGACCCUCGGCCGGCCGUCUUCCUCCUUUCGGCUCCGGACUCAGAGCCUCAACACCCUGCGCCUCCGCCGCAUCUUCGAUCUCUUCGACCAGAACGGCGACGGGGAGAUCACCAUCGAGGAGCUCGCACUCGCCCUCGACCGCCUCGGCCUCGGCGCCGACGCCGACGCCGACGAUCUCAGAUCCACCGUCGCCGCCUACAUCCCCACCGGCCGCGCCGGCCUGGCCUUCGAGGACUUCGAUGCCCUCCACCGAGCCCUCGGCGACGCGCUCUUCGGCGGCCCCGCUGCCAUGGAGGAAGAAAGGGAAGGGGAGGAGGGGACGGUGGAGGAAGACAUGAGGGAGGCAUUCCGGGUGUUCGACGAGGACGGGGACGGCUUCAUCUCGGCGGCAGAGCUCCAGGCGGUGCUCGCCAAGCUGGGGCUACCGGAGGGGCGGAGCAUCGCCCGGGUCCAAGAGAUGAUCUGCUCCGUCGAUCAGAAUUCCGACGGCCGGGUCGAUUUCGGGGAGUUUAAGCAUAUGAUGCAGGGCAUCACCGUCUGGGGCGCCUGAUCAACGGCCCAUGAUCCAUCCACUUCUCCUUGCUAAUUACCGCAAGUGAUCUAUUCCACUCUCCAUCAGGGACCAUUGAAGUAGAAUCUGACGGUAAGAAUGAGGCCCAAGGACAAUAUAUCUCUUUUUCUUUC